CAGGGAGGCGGGGGACCCGAGAGCUUGCACAGGGUCCCAGCACGCAUCUCAUUCCAGUGAGAAACAUGGCGUCCGCCUUACUGUUACUGUCGUUCCGGUGGCCCGCGCGUCCCGCACCGCUCCGGAGGUGCUGGGAGCUGCUGCAGCAACUGCAACAGAGCUGGAACGGGGUUGCCAGUCCUCAGUGGGCGCCAGCAUUAGCAGUCCAGGGUCCACCCAUACUCACAGAACUAGAACAUGAUACCAGUGGAAAUAAAGAGGAGUCCAGCUUUUUAGAUAGUAUCUUUUGGAUGGCAGCCCCCAAAAACAGACGCACCAUUGAAGUUAACCGGUGUAGGAGAAGAAACCCCCGGAAGCUUAUUGCAAUUAAGAACAAUAUAGACAUGUGCCCUGAAUGUGGUCACCUGAAGCAGAAACAUGUCCUUUGUGGCUAUUGCUAUGAGAAAGUACGCAAGGAAACAACAAAAAUCAGACAACAAAUAUGGGCUCAAGAAGGGGGGCCCUUUAAAGCUCCCACCGUAGAGACUGUGGUGCUGUACACAGGAGAGAAACCAUCAGAGCAAGAUCAGGGCAAGAGGAUUGUUGAACGAAGCAUGAAGAGGCCAUCUUGGUUCACCCAGAAUUGACACUGAAGAAGUUAAAAGGAUAAUUUCAUAGUAAGGAAAAUUUCAUAGUAAGUCUCUAAAAUCAGGAGUCUUUGUUUUCAUAUCAUCAAUGUGUUUUAAAAUGGACUUUAUUAGCUGUUAAUUUUAAAUGAGGUAAUUUGAAAAGUGUAUCUUUAAUAAACUCAGUAUGUUUAUGCAAAGGCUCAAUAGACUAACAUGUGUGUUCCUGUAAUGCUGUUGGGUUUUAAUUAAACCUAAAAUUUCCAGACCAAAACAAAAAGCAAUUUAAUAAAAUUCAUAGCAAGUUA